AGCAGAUAUUCCUGAACUUCUUAAAUAUUAAAUUGCAGCAACAUUAUUUUUUAUGUACAUAUUAUAGCACUACAUUAUUGUUUUAGUACUAAUAAGUAGAAAUUAAAAUUGAAAAUGAAUAUUUUUUCACAAGCUAAAUUACUUAAAUCCUUGAAACUAAAAAAUUCUAACAAUACAAAUGUAACGUCAUCAACCAGCUCUGGUCAAAAUGAAGCCGUCAACAAAAUCAAAUCUGAUGAGGCUAAGCAAAAUGGAAAUAACAGCAUAAUAUCUGAAUCUGAUAGUUUUGUAGAAUUGUUGCAUGCUACUCAAACUCAAGGGGAAAAACAUGGAUUGUCUCAAUCAGUUUUUAAAAAUUCUCCUGUUCAGAAGCAAGAAGAGAUAUGUCAAAUUGCAGCUUCCAAAAAACAAUGUCCAAUUUGUUCUGAUUUUAUUGAUGAAAAAAAAUUCACUAGCCAUGUUAAGUCAUGUGGUACAUUCCAUAAUGUACCAUCAGACAUAGUCAUUAAAGCAGUAGAUCUUCAAGACCGACAAGAUGCUGAAAGAAAAGCUCUAGGGUUGCCAAGCAUAUCAACUAAAAAACCGGAAAUUAAAAAAAAGUCCACUGUUAAAAGACAAACCAAGCUUAAGGUAGGAAAAGAUUCUAACUUGGAUUUAGCCAUAGCUAUGUCUGUAUCAUUGCAAGAAUCUAAAGCAGCAGAAAUAUGGAAACAGUCAGAAAGUUUAUUUGAGGCAGGAUUAGAUAAUGAAGCUCUAGAGAAAAGAAGAACAUUGGAAGGCUUUGGUUUUGUCUCGGAUCAACCAAUAAAACCUAAAUCUAAAAUUAAUAGGGCCGACACUAAAUUAUUCAAAGAAACUAAAGAAAAUCGUGAAAGGAGAAUAACUGAAAAGGUGGCUAUUAUUUUAAUAGAUUCAGAAAAUUCAUCACCAAUAUUAACAAAUGAAAACAUUGAUGUAAACAUAACAUUAAACUCUGUAAACUUGAAAAAAAUUAGGAACCAAGAAAAUUAUCUUUGGACAAUGUCGUCUCAGGAAGAAACAGAAAUUUCUGGAUUUUAUGUAGAAAACUUAUCCAAAUUUAUUACUCCCAGUGAAAAUGAUGUCGGCAGUAAUUUGAGAAGUGUAUCACAAAUUCCUGGACGUUGGAGAAGUCCUAUACGUGAAUCAAGUUCAAAUUAUAAUGAAGUUAGGGAUUCAGCUGUUGAUUCCAAAAUGCACGAGUCUAUACCAUUUGAAGAAAAUAUUUCAGACGUAUCUCAUAAUCAUUCUAAAUUUCCCGCAGUUAAAAAAAUAUUGAAACAUUCUACUAACUGGAAGUUGAUGGUCAAUAAUCAAUUCAUGAGUGAUGUGACUAUAUUUACCAAAGACGAAAAAGAAAUAUCUGCUCAUUAUCUCGUAUUACAUGUUCAGUGUCCGUCUAUUUUAAAAGAUAUUAUAAUGGAAGAAUCGUCAAACAGUAAAGGAAAAUCAAAGAAAAUGAUUAUGUGGCUCGAAUAUCAGUAUGAAGCAUGUUUGGCAUUUUUGGAACUGGUAUACUCUGGUGAAGAAUCGUUAAUAAAUUCUUAUUAUCAGAGAGAUUACUUUAAUUUGGGCAAAAGAUAUGAAGUGUUAAUGGAAACAAACGAAAAUGAAAAUUUCGGUUGGGUUUGUAGUGACCAGGAAAAUUUAAAUAAACGAAAAAGUACUGAAAUAUAUAAUGAUUUAGAAUGUAAAAGAUAUAAAGCUUCCAGUCCUGAUAUGUUCUCGUCAGAUGACAAUGAUAGGGUUUAUACUCGAUCGCCUAAUUUUUUAGAGAUGGCUGUGAAUGAUGAUCAAACUUUAAGUGCAAUGAAAACAAAACAGUGGCUAAAAAGUUGUAAUUUGAGUACGCAAUAUCAUCAUUCAUCAUUCACAGAAUGUCAAUACAACGAUACACCAUUGGAGGAAACUCCACCCGAAUCUAAACGAGCGCAUUCAUUCCACAGUGUUUCUACAAAAGAGGACUUUUCUUCUACAUCUGAUAAAAUCAAUGAUAUUAAUUUUAAUGAUGAUAGAAUUGAUAAAAUGGACGAAGAUACUUCUCUUAGCAUCAAUAUAUGUUCUAGAAACCAAUAUGAUAUAUCAACCAAAAAUGUAUUACAAUUACAAAAUUUGAAUUUUGGACCUCAAGUUAUUACACUUGAUAGUGAUAGUGAAAGUUCUACUGAACUAGUAACUCAACCUCAGAAAUUAUCAUCUAAAGGGUUACAAAAAUCUUCCAGAAGCUUAGAUUCUAUAUAUUCUGUUAUAAAUAUUUUGUCACAAGAAAAAGAAGAUUCUCAAAUGGUUCCACAAGCUGUUAGAGCAUCAACUAUAUCAAUGUCCAAUUUAACGAGUAAUAUUAAACAAAAUACUAUUAUAAAUGAUUGUGAAGAUAGCUUAGUUAUUGCUCCUAUGAGUGAGUUAUCAGGAAAUGAGAGACAUUCAGGAUUAACUUGUCUUACAUCGGAAAAAACAUUUCUUGAUUUAAAUGAUAAUAACAGUAUAAACUCUAUAAGUACAAUUGUUUUACCACAAACCAAUAAUUUAGUGUUGGAGAAAAAAUCACCAAUUGUAAAUAACUUGGAUUCUGCAUUGUUUAUGAAUGAUGCAAAAAGUAAGAAUAUGAAUAAUGAUAUUAAUGAAUUGAGUAGCAUGUGUUCUAAUGAUAGUAUCAGUAUAAUUAAAAAAACUAAAAUGAAUGCGCCUGUUAAUUCAACAGCAUCCAAUAUUUUAAUUAAAACUCCUAUUGGUGGUUCGUGUGAGAAUAGCACAGAUGUUGGUUCUAUGAAUGUUUUAUCGAAUGAUCAAAACCAAGUUCAAGAUUCAUUACCAUACGAGAAACCUAGUAAAUUAGUAUCAAACAACUCUCCAUCGAAAAAAAACUCAACAAAUUCUAUUACAGACGUUAUAAUAUUAAAUGACGAUAGUAGUACGGACUCGUCUCAUUCCAUAAGUACAAAUAUUUUGGCAAAAGUAACUAAUUCAUUGUGUUCCUUUUCAUCUUCAUUCAAGAAAAAUGUGUCCAACUACUCUAAUUCUACGUUUUUAAGUACUCCAAGUAAUAAGAGUAAUAUUAAUUUCAACGACAAUGUCAGUUUAUGUUCUAUGGCUACUAAUAUAAUUGAUAAAAGUAAAAUAAAUUUACCUGUUAAACCUAAAGCGGACAAACAAAUUACAGAUUCGUUAACACCUAAUAAGGUGAAUAGUGCUAAUAAAAAAACUAUUAUAUAUGUUAGUGAGCAUAGUCCAUCUAUAACCAAAAGUAAACGAAAAAUACAAGAUUUAAGUACUAUUCCUAAUGUAAUAGAUUUAAUUGACAAUAGUAGUACGGACUCAAUUUAUUCUGAUGACACGUUUAUCUUGCCAAAGGUUAAUAACUCGGCAUCCUUUUCUACAUUGCCGUCUAAUGAGAGUUCAUCUAAUACCAAAUCAUUUUUAAAUAGUCAAAUAAGUAAAAGCAAUAACAUCAAUUUUGAAGAUACUAAUAGUAUUUGUUCAAUGGCUACCAAUAUAAUUGUGAAAAAUCUAUCAAAGUCACCAGUUAAAUCUAUAGCUAAAGACAGAAGUGAAGAAUCGACAAUAGAUACAUCUAUGCUAAGCUCGAAAUACAAUAACCUUCAAAAAAGUUUAGAUAAUACUUUAAGUGUAACUUUAUCAAAUGUCAAUAAAGAUACAUCGGCAUAUCAAAUCAUGCCAGAGAAAACAAGAUUACAUAAUAUUCUGUCAUCGACAUUACUUUCAAAUACGAGUGGUGUUGAUAAUUUGGAUGAUAGCAUAUUUUCUAAAAACAAGCUGUCGAAUCUUAAAUUAAAUUUAGAUGAUAUAUCGAAUAAGACAUUGCCAAGUACUAUUAUUUCACAGGAUGUUGAUUUGUCACCAAUAAAUGUACUGAAAACAAAUCAAGACUCUCUGAACAAUGAAGAUACUGAUAUGAAUGAUAAAGUAAUAGAAAAAUCAAGCGUCAUGCUAAUUGAUGAUCCUCCAGAAAAUGAAAACCACAAUGAAUUUGACGGUGAAAACAACUUAGAAAAUGAACAGAUUAUUGAAGAUCCUUGGAUGGACUAUUAUGAUUUUCAACCUAUGAUUACAAGUCCUCAAAAUAAAAUUGAAAAUAGCCCAGUAAAUAACUCUAUUCAUUUAAGUUGCGAACAAAAUGAAAAAACUCCAGAGAAAGAAAACAAUGGCGAUUCCAUUUUUCUUAACGUAGUUACCCCAUCGUUGACAGAUUAUUCUUCUCCCUCAAAUCAUAGUAUUACAAAAGCAAUUGCUAAAACACCGAACAAGUAUGGCAGUAAGACGAAUACGCCAAGAAGUAUUCGUAGGUUUAGAUCGGAAUCAAUUAUUAGUUCAAAUGUUCCUGUUACACCAUUAUUGGAUUACAGUGCUAUGGAAACGCCAGAAUUUGUGAAACAUCUCGAUCGUUAUGGGUUGAAGCAAAAUUUAGGAAAGCGUAAAGGAAAACAGUUGUUGCGACAUAUAUAUAAUACGCUUCACUCGGAUUUACCUGUGCUUUCGAAGGAAUCCGAAGAAAUAACUAAUACUAAUAAGUGUGAUGACUUGGAUUCCACAGCAAGUUCCACAUGUGGGAUUCCCGAGUACCAAGAUGAAGAUAGUUCUGACGAAUUGGAAAUAUUAAGUCAAGCCAAUUCUUCUAAUAAAGUUGCAAUCGAAAUUGGUUUCAUGCAGUUACUAAGAGACAAUAAAAAUCUUCACAAUAAGAUUUUAUGCUAUGAGCCCAUUUGGAUAGAAGUUUUAAAAGAUGAUUUGAAAAAGUACAAUGUCAAUGUCGGCAUGCAGAAACUCAUGACCUUUUUGGACGAUAAAUGUAUAACUUUUCGAUCUAAACUAUUAAACGAUCAAAGGCAAAAGACAUUGGCAAAAAAAAAUACAAAGAGGAAGAAGUUAUUUUGAACAGAUUCACUUAUUAUUAUUUAUAUAGACGAUGUAUAUUAUCAAUAAUAUAAUUGCUACUUUAAUUUGUUGAAGUCAUCAUCAUUACUUGUUUUUAAUUAAAAACUUAUAUAAAAUGUCUGUUACUUAGUUUAUAUGAAUUCAUAAUGUGUUCGUUAUUACAGUUG